GGUGUGGAGGAAGAUCCCCUUUUCACUAGCCCGAAAUAUGGACCGUAGAAGAGAGUAAAUAGAAUCACGGGUGCCCCAGUUGUCAAUAUUAGAACCAACUAUAAAUACCCAUUAUAUCAUCGGCGUGCAAUAUCACACCCAGUCCACAACCCAGCUUUGAUUUCGAUAUGAUCUCUUCUUCACGCGAAUUCAAGCCUGCCCACAAUCCAAACUAAUUACUAAAUAUGCACCUCACUCCUUUUCAUUUUGUUCUCCUCUUCGUAGCUGUUGCUGCCACCGCUGCAGAUACUACGGCUGCUGAGAAUAGUGUGGUCUCUCCUGAAAUGUCUAACGCUCCUAACAGUGAACAAGGCAGCUCCUCUUCUGGAGCUACUGGCUCCGGCCAUGGCCCCAACUGGGACUACAGUUGGGGAUGGGGGUCGAGUCCUGGUAGCGGAUGGGGUUAUGGUUCGGGUUCAGGCCGCUCGCCAAAUGGGUUCGGCAGGGGUUUUGGGUUUGGGUUUGGAAGUGGGUCAGGAUCGGGUUAUGGUUAUGGAUUUGGCAGUGGGGAUGAACACGAUGGUGGUGGUGGUGGUGGGGCUGGAGGUGGGUCAAGUAAUUCAGGUGGUGACGGCGGUACAGGUGGCUACGGUGAUGGUUACUGGCAGGUUGAUUCCAGAAGGACAAACAAUCAUGGGCGAUAAAUCCAUCUCUACACAGCACAGGUGGAGUCCCGUUCUAUUUACAUAUAUAUAGUGUGCAUGGCAUGGUGCAUAAGGGUAAGCUUGAAAUUAAGCUCAGAAUUUAUGUACUACUUAAUAUAAUUAAGGCUUGUGCUGUAUGUAUGACAGUGGCUUAACUACGUGUGCCCUUCUAUUCUCCUUCA